AAUUUAGCGAAAUCAAUCGUCCAAAAAAAAGGUAAUAAGAGGUAUAUGUAACUUUCGUUAAUGUACAACUUUUUGAUGUCAGCAUUGUCAGCAUACCCUUGAGCUUUACAUCCCAACAGCUGGGAUUGGGAAUGGUUAUUAUGAAUCUAUAUGAAAAGAGAGAGGAUGAAGAGAAGAACAAGCAAAGAAAGAGAGAGAGAGAGAGAAGAGAAAGAGAGAGCGAUGCCAGCUAUUUUAUCCCCACCUCGAAAUCGUUGAGAGCUACAAGACCACGUGAUCGACCAGCAGAAUUCGCGGCGUCCACCGAAAAUCUAAAUCCGUCCAGGCCGGGGAAGAAGAAGAGACCACCGUCUUGGCCUGCGCGACACGAAACAACCGCUGCGAGAUAGUUCAUAAUCGCCCGUGGCUCGCGGCGGAUCGAUCGAGGAAUCGCGCGCGAGUGUAAAAUCCGCGCGAAAUCUCCUUUUUUUUUUUUUUUCGGGGUUCUCAUUUUCGCGAGCGAAAUAGGAUAAGAGAAAGAAAAAGAGAUAAAGAGAAACAGAAAGGAAUCGCGGAGGAAGAUCACUACUUUCGCUCUCCUUCUUUCCAUUCCCCGGGAAAACGAGAGAACGACGGUCACGACGGCGGCCGAUUCGUCGUGAAAUCGCUCGAGGAACAUGAUCCGCGUGGACGAAUCAGACCCAGUGGGAGAGAUCGAGCCCAGUUUCCCCUAUAGAGAUGUGACGGUACGUCGAGGUGUCGAGUUCAAGGACGAUUAUGACAUCCAAUCGGAGCUCGGACGGGGGAAAUUUGGAAUUGUUUACCGAUGCAAGGAGAAAGGGAGCGGCUUGAUGCUCGCCGCGAAAGUGGUGAACGUUAUGAAGAAGGAAGACAGACGCGCUGUGCAGAGAGAAGUAGACAUUAUGCGACGCUUACAGCAUCCACGGUUGAUUCAGCUGUACGACUCCAUUGACGCGGGGAAACAGAUAUAUGUCGUUCUAGAAUUGAUCGACGGCGGCGAGCUCUUUGAGAGAGUGAUAGACGACGAUUUCGUACUGACGGAACGCAGUUGCGCCGUUUUUAUGCGGCAAAUAUGCGAGGGAAUAGAAUUCAUGCAUGGUCAGAGGAUCUUGCAUCUCGAUCUAAAACCGGAGAAUAUCCUGUGCCUAACGAAGGAAGGUAACAGAAUUAAAAUCAUCGACUUUGGCUUGGCAAGAGAAUACGAUCCAAGUAAGAAACUACAAGUGUUGUUCGGUACGCCUGAGUUUGUUGCCCCAGAAGUCGUAAACUUUGACCAAAUUGGAUUCGGUACUGACAUAUGGAGCAUAGGUGUUAUUUGUUACGUGUUAUUGUCCGGUUUAUCACCGUUCAUGGGCGAUACCGAUAUAGAGACAAUGGCGAAUGUUACCAUUGCGAAGUACGACUUUGAUCACGAGGCCUUCGCCGAGAUCUCAGAAGACGCGAAAGAUUUCAUAAGAUGCCUUCUGGUGAAAGACAAAGAAAAGCGAAUGACGGCGGCGCAAUGCCGGGAGCACUGCUGGUUGGCCCGAAAAAUCAUCAAACCCAAGAGCGAGAAGGAGACCGCGGGAUUGGCGGCGGCCAACAGGAUGGCCUUCAUCGAGAAUCGUCCUGUCAUCGGCGUUGUCGACAGAGACGAGUUGGACGUGACCAAGGACAAUCUCAGACUGUUCGUCGAACGUUGGCGGGAGCAUCCGGAUAGCCCGUACACGAUCGACUCGUAUCACGCGUUGCCGAGGAACCCGCUUCGGGAUCGCGACGAAUCCAUGUCGCUGCGGGGCCACAGUCCCUCUCCCUGCGACAGUCUUCGCAGCAGCAGCACGCAAUCGGAGAGGGUGAUGGACUCCACCGCGAGAGAUAAUUCUAGCCACCUGUUGCCCGUGCCAAGUCUCAGCUUGUCCUUGGAAAGGAGAGCUUCCGAAGGUACGGCUGCACGAAAUCGUCGCGAUCCGGCCAGUCAGAUCGCUUUGGCCGAGGAGAUCAUCAAACUGUCCGAGCACUUGCGCUCGAUCGCUAUGGGAUCGCGGACGAAUGAAGAAAAUAAUGGAGAUGCAUCGGAAAGGCAACGGUCUACCAAGAAACCUGUCGAAGAUGUCGAAAAUAAUCGUGAUAUCUCGAAGAGCAGCGUCAAAAUGCCCGCGUCUCAUGUCGGUAAAGAGUCUAACGAGAUCACGGAGAAACUGUCCAGUAUCACUCGGCAGCGAAAGCUCAACGGGACGACCUUUCAUAGCAGUCGCAGUUUCGACAAAUACAAUUUCGACACAAAUUUCAAUAACGUGUUUGUGGCUCUGAGGAGAACGAGUAUCGGCGAUGGCGAUACGUCUGAUAGACGAAGGGAUUCUCAAAGAUAUUCCCUCGAACGGACGGCGAUUACCAACGCGUUCGAGGAGAAGUUCAACGGGGAUAAGAUCGGCAGAAGGUCUUCCGUCGGUGCGGAGGAAAUGGACUUGACGCCGCCUUGGCGGCGCUCGCGAGUAAAACGAUCCUUUGGGGAAACUAGCAGGGACGUUCCGCGGAUAUCGAAUUUGCGGGACCUACACAAGAAUCUGAAUUUGGACGAGCCGGGCAGCGCCAAGGACCUGCUGUUGCAUCUGUUAGGUGAAUGGGAGGAGGUCACCACGACAUCCUGCAGCAGUAACGGUGGCACCGGUGGUAUUGGCAGGAAGUCUAUGAGCCUGGAUUGGUGUGCUGCCGACACGAUCGCCAGGAAGACGAUGAAUUCAUUGGCCGAGUAUUUCCAGUCGAAGCAACAGUCGAAAUCUUCCGACGUCGCGUCAUCCACGUCACCAACGAUUUAUCGUUGAAUGAUACGUUUAUCCCGUUACAGAUUGCGCAUUUGCGAAUUUCAUGAAUUGGUCGUAGAUGGAUCAGGAAAAUGCGCGCCGUUGACAAUCUUUUUCCUCUACCGAUCGUAAACGUCAUUUUGGAACAGCUUGACGUUUAAGAUAAAAUUUAUGCGUGAAACGCUUAGGGCAAUAAUAUUAAUACUUGUUGAAUCGUAAAAAUUGAUCUAUGAAAAUGUAAACCUCCCUCUUUAAUCUUUAAAGUUGAAAAUGGAUUUUGUAAUCUUUUAACCCUUUUGAAUUUAUUUCGAUUAAUCUAUUUCUUAGAGAACACUGUUACAAAUAACAAAUAAGUGCAUUCUUAUUUUUUAUUUAACUGACUAAAUUUUUAAGAAGAGAUUACAAAGGAAUAUACAAUAAAAAAACAAAACAGAAUCUUGUUAUUUCGUGACGUUUGAGAAAAGGUUACGAAAAAACGUUACGAAGAGAAGUGCAACAUCAUAGAAUUCUUUAUAAUUAAACUCGAAAUAGAUUCUCAUGGAUAUUUGUUCACAGAGAAUUAAAAAUGAAUAAUGGAGAUGGUGACUUUAGAUAAAUGAAGUCUGUGAGAGCGAUAACAAAAAAAAAUUGUGAAUUACAAAUAAAGUUUACGCGAUCAUACUUUAUAUACUUUAUAAGCUAACUUCUCGAUAGUUGUGUACCAUCAGCACACCCUCCAAUUAGUAAUAUUUUUAUAUGCGUCAGUACAACAUCAAUUUUUCAUCUAGCUAGAUAUCUCUAUCGCUUUGAUUCAAUUUAAUCCCUUGCAAACUACUAAAUCUAUCGUGAAGCUUUUAAUAACAAGAAUGGCGCAAUAAUUAUUCGUUCCGUAUUCGAAAAUUCUUAUUUCUCUACAAUCAUAUAUAUGAUAGUA